AUGAAGGCCUCUAUCUUUAUCUCUGCCAUGCUUGCUGGUCUCGCUAUGGCUUCUCCUGCCCAACAGCGCCCUGCUACCUGGAAGUCCAACACCGACUGCAAGGCUAACGAAAGCUGUGACAACACUGGCACCUGCGUUGCCGACAAAGUCAUCCGUGCCACUCCUCUGGCUAAGCUUAACGAGGCUUGUCAUGUCGACAGCGACUGCAAGCAGGACUUGAGCUGCAUGAAGGAUAUUUGCGUUUCUUCCCAGAACAAGCGGGAUGUUUUUGCUCACCUGAAUGGUGACUGCAAGGUCAACAGUGACUGUGUUAAGGGCAUUGCUUGCGAGAAGGACAUUUGUGUUGCCACCAACGGCAAGCGUGAUACCUUGUCCGAGCACGGCCAGAACUGCAAGGUCUCUGGUGACUGUGUCAAGGGUCUUGUUUGUGGCCAGGAUGACACCUGCGCUACCCCUAAGAAGCAACAGCGUGAUGUCUCCACCUCACAGCUUGGCCAGGACUGCCAGAAGAAGAGUGACUGUCAGGAUGGUCUGGUCUGUGAGAAGAACACUUGCCUUGCUCCUAAGAGCAAGCGUGGUCUUGUAAGUAUUCCAUGA